AUAGAACGCGCACAGCAGCGAUGGCGCUCACCAGUGUACGGGUUUUUCCGUCCAGAUGUUGAAGUGAGUUACAAGAACGGCCAGCGGUCCCAUGUCUUCCGCUGCGCAGCCAAAGGCUGCAAGGCUGAGGUACGCCGGUACCUUGACACACACGACCGUGCUUCGAGCGGAAACCUCUUCAAGCACGCGCGAGCUUGCUGGGGUGAUGAGGUGGUCGACCACGCUAUAGAAUUGGGAGAUGCGGAUGUCGUGCGCGAGAAGGUUGUGAAAGCAAAGCUGGAAUCAAAGUCUAUCACAGACUUCUUCCAACAGAAAAAUCCUGACAAGCUGAAGUUUUCGCAUCGGCUCCUAACAAAGGCCGAGACAAGGUGCGAUCUACGACCAUUCACAACACUGAAAGACCGGGGAUUCUUGAUGAUCGUCAAAUGCGGGCAUCCAGGCUUCUAUGUACCCUCGCCCACAACGGUGUCCCGAGAUGUAAAGGUCGUUUUUGUAGCAACACGGAAGCGUCUGGCAAGAAUGUUGCAGUCAUAUCCAGGCCGGCUUAGUUUUGCAACCGAUGCGUGGACGUCUCCAAAUCAUCACUCCUUCGUUGCAAUAACUAUCCACCUGGAACUGAGGGGUAAGCCUCUUCGGAUGCUACUGGACCUCGUUGAGCUAGCAAAAUCCCACACGGGCAUUAAUCUGGCCGUAACAUUC